AUGAGCAAGUGGUGGUGCAUCGCCUCCCUCGUACUGUGCCUCGCCGUGGUGGCGGCGGGCAGGGGUAUGCCUGCCGGCGACGACUGCGAUAUUGUCGUUAAUGCGGCCGGUCGAAACAAUCAAGACGGUGAUGGUUUCGAUGAAGCCAAGACUGCCUUUGCUGGGAGCACUGGUGGUGACGGCGGGCUCUUCGGUGGUGCCAUCAACGGUGGCCCGCUCGGCGGGGGCAUCGCCGGCUUUGGCCCGCACGGCGGGUUUGGGGCUGGCGCCGGGCCGUUCGGUGGUUUCGGCGGCGGCUUCGGCGCUGGUAGCGGAGGUGGAGGAGGGGGAGGCGGAGGCGGCGUGAUACCUUGA